AUGAGCAAAGUGAUUCUGGUAGUGCCAGAUCCAGGGUGGAAGAAGACCCAGUUGCAACUGCAACAACAGACCUAUAUCGAUUGGGUGUUGACCUCUCUACCUCACCAGGAGGCUGACUACCUAUUGGGUAAUGGGGACCUUGAUGGCCUGAUUUUCACAGCUACAUCCAAGCAGUUGUGUGGCAAAGAGGUUCCUAAAGGACACAAGAUGGUGUAUAUCAAUGAAGUGUUAUUGAUGUGGCACACAAUUGAUAUGUCGCCUAAGAACUGCCUGCAGGUGUGCUACAUGAAUUUCAAAACAUUCACUGAAGUCAUUCACAUGCAUCUGGACAAGCUUGAGCUGGCCAUGAAAAAAUUUGCUGCUGUAUGGGGAGGUUUGGAUUUGACCAAAAAUUACAGAGAGGCUCCAGUUUUGUUUCACCUUUCCAGUUCCUUAAGGGAUCGGGGGGAUUCAACUUUAUGCUGCACAUUUGAGAAAUACAUAUGGGCAUUGCACAGGUUGGAAGGCAUGCUUCCAUUGUGGCCAGGCAUAUUGGAGUGCUGGGCUGCAUCCCAUGAUCACAAUGCCAUUAGCUUGUUGGAUUCCAUUGCCCGGGAUGGCACCCAAACUCAUCGCCCCACAACACAGCUAAUCAUUCCAGGGACAAAGUUUGAUCCACACAUUACUGAACCUGUGGUUGUGAAGCAUGAAUCCAGCGCCUCAAGACUGUUCAUCAAAUAUCCUGGGAAGCAAAAGAUGCUCGAUGAAGCAGAGAAGCAUGGGGAGUUUCAAUUGUUCAAGCAAUCAUAUGUCCCAGAGUGGGACAAGGCCCUUUUCUGUAUCUUCAUUCACCCUGGAUCUUCCAUGCUGGCCAACUGCAAUUCCUGUGUCUUGGACCACAGCCUGCAGGAGGAUGGAUGGAGUUUGGAGGAACUUGGCCUGUAG